AUGUCACGCAUGCCCUCGAGUUUUGAUGUGAAAGAUGCAGAUUUGACGGAAAUGCCUUUCGGUGAAAGGAUCGUUUAUCAUUGUAAGCAACAGCCUCUCGUUCCCGUAGGAUGUCUAUUGACUACCGCUGCCGUUGUUCUUGCAGUGAAGAAUGUCAGAAGUGGUAACAAGGCCAAGGCACAAAUAUACUUCAGAUGGCGUGUUGGAUUCCAAGCGGCGACUUUAGUAGCGCUUGUGGCAGGUUCGUAUCUCUACGGGACAUCAGUCAAGGAAAAGCAGGCCAAAGAGGACCAAAUGAGAGAGAAGGCCAAGAAGAGGGAACAAUUAUGGAUUCAAGAGCUUGAGAGAAGAGAUCAAGAGACGAAAUACAGAAAGAAGAGAGCAGAGAUGGCUAGAGUCAGAACUAAAAACGACGAAGAGGCGGUGGCAAGAUUGCAAAAAGAAUUAAAAGAAUUAGAAUUCCAGAUAAGAGGUGAAACAGAUUAA